UGUUUUAUGUCGGAACAGUCUUUGGUUAUUCUGUGUCGUUAGUCGGAACCAUUUGAGAGGGUGGACUCGUUUCCGGAAGUUGAACUCCUCACCAACUGAGAUGAGUUUUGAGUGGCCCUGGCAGUAUAAUUUUCCACCGUUUUUUACGCUACAGCCAAAUGUUGACACAAGACAGAAGCAGCUGGCAGCAUGGUGUUCCAUGGUUCUGUCCUACUGCCGACACCACAAGCUCUACACUCUGGAUGUCAUGGAAGCCCAGGAAAGCCCUGUGUUCAACAACAAGAAGCUAGAACGAAAACUGUCAAUGGAAGCAAUUCAAGUUGUGUUUGAGGAGUUAAGGAAAAAGGGGAACCUCGAAUGGUUAGACAAAAACAAAUCCCGGUGUUUAGUCAUGUGGAGACGACCGGAGGAGUGGGGCAAGUUAAUAUACCAGUGGGUUUCCAAAAAUGGAAUGAGCAACUCUGUGUUUACACUCUAUGAACUGUCCAAUGGUGACGACACUGAAGCUGAAGAGUUUCAUGGAUUAGAAGAGUGGAUGCUGCUGCGCUCGCUGCAGGCUUUACAGGCAGAUGGCAAAGCAGAGAUCAUCACCAUGGAUGAUGGAAAAGGUGUCAAAUUCUUUUGAAAUGGUGCUGGAAUCCAACAUAUUCUGUCCAGGAGCCCUCAUUCUGUACCUUACAGGCAAAUUUGACAUUUCGCCAUUUAAGGCUACAAGGUGCACCUCAGUGUCCACUCCAGAGGAUGUUGGACUCGCAGUUGUUGCCUUUUGGGUCGCCUGCAUUUAGAGCCUUUUCUUAUUGGAAGAGAACCAAUAUCAUUUAGUGUUUGGGGUAAUGAGCAAUGGUGACACUGUGUUUAAAGUUGUCACAGGUAACAACUGUUGCCGUUUAAACAUGCAAUGCGUCUAUCAGGGGACUAAAUACUAUCCUGUCUGACUUUAGGGGAAAUCUUUCCUCGCCAGCUGUAACUUUACUUUUUGUUCUUGUAAAUAGAAUUAGUUUUAGCCCAGUUUUCCCUGUUAAUAAACAUACUUGAUAUAAAUCUCUGGCCCUUUUGCUGUUGGCUGUUGUUCCUCUGUUGCAAAUGAAAAACCCAAAGAAAUUCCAGACUCCAACACCAGAGGCACGUGCUUCCAGAGGAGGACCAAUCCCAGCCCCACUCAGCUGUGUGCAGUAACUUCAUGUACUGAUUGCUGUCUUCUUAUUGUGCAGUGGAAACUGUGACACUCUCUGUUAUUGCUCCUUGAAUAUUUCCAACCUCUUUUUCCAAAUCUCGUACGAGAAUAAAUUAGAAAUUUCCUAA